AAAUGUUUCGGUGAUGUUAGUAAUUUAGUACUACUACAACUAGAAACUUUGGAAUGUGACGAUGAAAUAACCUGUGCCUUUUUUUCAUACGUGGCUUAACAUGAAAUGAACAUGAAGUGGUAGCUAGCACAUUUUCUUGAGGGAGAGUUCCUGUUUGAAAAUGAUGAUAGAAAAUGCUGCUUCCGAUAGGAUUAUUGUCAGUUACCCUCUGGCUUUCCUCUCUGAAGCAUCACCAUAUGCAGAAAUGGACUUUGAUGUAAGAGUCAAAAAUGCAUGUCAGGCUGACAGAUCAAUAAGAAUAGGUUUAAAAAUUUCCAAAACUAUUUUUGUUGGUGAUGUUGCAGUUGGAAAGACUUGUUUGGUCAAUAGGUUUUAUCACAAGGUAUUUGAUAAAGUGCUUUAAAUACAGUUCUUCAGUUU